AUGGCCUCGUCCGGCAGGCCCGAAGACCCCAACGAGUCUCCUAGAACCCUUGCAAGCUCCGAGAAACCGACCACCUCUUCUGUUCCACAUCGUCCUCGAAUCUCGCAGAAUGCCGCUGCGUCAUCUUCAACGCCUGCGCCCACCGUCCCAUUUCGCCUACAGAGCAAGCGUGCCCGCGAUGAAGAGGAGACAUCGGAACAUCGGAACAUCAGACGGCGCAUAGAUCGUCCUCAAAAUCUCUCUGGACAGGAGUUGAACAGUCAAAGAUUACAUCCUAUACCACAACAGGGGUAUAUACCACCACCAACGGUCCAAGACUCGUACCCCAAUGCCAACAACCCCAGUGUGCCUUUCAUGGCAUCGGCAGCUGGAACCUCUUCGCGCGGUCGUGGUUCUAACGCGCGCGACCCUUCCGGCGUACAGUCUCGGAAUGUGCGCGUCGACGAACAGUACUCUUCCACGCGCCAGUCUAUUGAUCCUUACCGUCCGCCGGCUCAAAACCACACGUGGCCUCAUUUUCAGCACCAUGACCUUCGUUCAAUACCUCAGUCAGCGAACGCUUCGAGCCCCGCUACGAACCUGACGGGUUAUUAUGCCCAAACCGAAGGUUACAGAGAUUGGUCCCAGCUUCCUCCCCAUACGCAAGCGUCUUCUCAUAGCAGCCAUCUUCCUCACUCGCUCCACCAGAACGACGAUCGCUUCCGGCCUACCUUUACGCCCGCCUCUACCUCGGUCGCCCCACCGCAAUCUGCACGCAAACGUACCACUCGACCCACUACUGCACACCCUCGGCCGCGUGUUGCACCGAAUACAUCCAGUUACCUCCACCCGUCGGCGGCUCACCAGACCGCAACACAGAACACCGAGAGCGCCGCUCCAGCGCCGCCUGCACCUGUGGGUAAGCAAGAUGUCGACUCAAAACGUCCCGAGCGUUGGCGUUCCGCCGCGCAACUUCCCACACGGACCGAAGACGGGUGGUGUCUCAACCAACGCAACGGGAUUCCCAUGUUCGUCUUCCAAAUCCCGGGGUACCGUCAUCCUCCGCCGCCAGACAGCGGAAAUAAUGGCGGCGGCAGGAUGUACACGCCGACUGGCGCAGAGCCUGAAUCAUCUACGCUGAAGGGCGAAAACCAGGCUGGAAGCUGGAACAUGAAUAUGAAUAUCCUCCAGCAGCGGAAGAGGUGGAUGAAGACGAUCGCACUCACGAGCAUCCUCCCAGCUCAACUGCCCCAGGAGCCACAUCGUCUUCUUCCGAUUUCGGUGCUCGGCCUUGACUCGCCGUCGGCACGCGAUCCCGGCCCUGGCCCGGCGCCUUCCUCUUCAACUUUCGCCCCACCAUCUGCGGUUCUACAAGAGCCCUCCGAACUGUUGCCAAUCUCCCUGAUAGAACAAAUAUCCCGCGAGUCCCCAGCCCCGCCCGCUCAACUCGCAACGCUCCAAUCGGAUUCUGGGACAGGCUCGGCGGAGAAUUUCGCUCACGCUGGCGUUUGGGACAGCAUUGAAAUCCUAUACAGACAGCUUGUGGACGGUUCAGGGGAUGUGCCAAAUAGCCACGAGUCUCCGGGUCGUCGCCAGGACACGUACGACGAGCCCUCACAGGAAGAUACGACGCUCACCGUCGAUCACUCUGAGGUUCUCGAUUGGUUCGAAGAGAGGUUCCUUGACAUCCCGUCAGUCGGCGGUGUCGUGGCCGGUCCUAGCACUGCUGCAGAGACGGGGCGCCCUGUCGCCUCUGGCGCAGAGAGCUCAGCCAAUGCGACCAACCACGGCGGAAGAGUGGAGACGCAGCGCGCUACUGAGAAACGCGGCAAACCGUACGAUGAUCCCAAGCGAAAGCGCAAGCGCAAGCAGGAUGACUCGAGCUGA